GAGAGACCAGGGCACGGCUUGAGACUUUUCGAUCAGCAGGGCGCUGGCUAGCCGCGUCCAUAAAUAAAUAAAUUAAUAAAAGUAAAACUCGUAGUCGUCGCCGCCUCUCUCGCCGUCGACGACUCACCGCGGCGGCGUCGGUGGCGUCCGGACACCUCGUCCCCGGCCCACCAUGCGGGAGCCCACCAAACCCCUCUCCCCCCGCCCAAGCCGCGGCCGCUGCCGCCUCUGCGGCCUCUGCCUCGGCUCCGCCCUCCUCGCCAUCGUCGUCUCCACCCUCGUCCACCUCCUCUCCCCGCCACCUCAGCCUGCGCCCUCCCCGCGCUUCUCCGUCAUCAUAGACGGCGGCAGCACCGGUACCCGGGCCCACGUGUUCUCCUUGGGGCCCGACGGCCGGCCGGAUCUGGCGCGCUCCGCCGUGAUGCGCGUCUCCCCGGGGCUCUCCUCUUUCGCUGCGGACACGGCGCGCGCGGGGGAGUCGCUGCGGCCGCUGUUGGAAUUUGCCAAGGAGAAGGUAGGGGGCGAGGGGGCCGCCGCAGCAACAGAAGUGCGGCUGAUGGCAACCGCUGGCCUGCGGCUACUCGAGGAGGGCGUCCGGGAGGCGAUACUGGUGUCCUGCAGGAACGCCCUCAGGGCCUCCGGGUUCCGGUUCGAGGACUCCUGGGCCAAGGUGAUCCCAGGUUCUGAUGAAGGCAUCUAUGCUUGGAUUGCGGCAAACUAUGCUCUGGGCACACUUGGAGGGGAUCCUCACAAAACAAUUGGAAUAAUUGAACUCGGGGGUGCUUCAGCUCAGUUGACGUUUGUUUCCGACGAAGUACUUCCUCUGGAACUAUCAACUAAUUUUACUUUUGGGGAAACAACAUACACUCUCUAUAGCAACAGCUUUCUAAACUUUGGACAAUACUCUUUUGCAAGUACAAGUACCGGCCAGUGUUUCAUCAUGAUUCGUGCAAUUGAAGGAUCUUCCAAAAACGGUACACUUGUUGAUCCUUGUGCCCCUAAAGGAUAUUCUCACAAAAGGAAAGUAUUGGCGAGAACAAGCGGUGCAUCAAGAUCAAAUUUAGAGAAUCAAUAUGUUGAUAAUGGAAGCGGAAACUAUAAAAAAUGUAGAUCUUCUUCAAUGAUAAUGAUGCAAGAAGGAAAGGAAAAGUGCAAGUAUCAGCAAUGUCACCUAGGAUCUAAUUUCGUCCCUGAGCUGCUUGGGCAUUUCCUAGCAACUGAAAAUUUCUAUUUUACAUCCAAGUUCUUUGGACUAGACCGGUCUUCAUCACUGUCUGAUUUUGUGGUUGCUGGAGAGCAACUUUGCAACAAGGACUUGUCCACGCUGAGACAAAAGUAUCUCAAUCAUUCAGAUGAAGAUUUCUCACGGUAUUGCUUCUCGUCGGCAUACAUUGUGGCUCUACUGCACGACAGCCUUGGUGUGCCAUUGGAUGACAAGAGGAUCGAGUAUUCAAAUCAGAUCGGCGACACUCAUAUUGAGUGGGCCCUAGGAGCUUUCAUUGCAAAUACAAAAGAUAGGAUUCUAGGGGCAUCGGGGGCUGCGGCAACACAGGCACCUAAGCAUAGACCACUGCUCGCCGUGCUGGGAGCGUUUCUUGCUUGCGGAGUAUUUUUGGGGUUGAGAUGGAGGAAGCCCAAGACAAAGAUUAUAUAUGAUUUAGAGAAAGGCCGAUACAUUAUGACACGCAUCAGCUGACGCUGGGCAUUGUGCAGGUGGUGGAGCAUGAAGGGCAGCACACUUGUACUAUGUGGCAUGUAUUGAAAUGCUGUAGAACAUUUUGUUACAUACUAAUCGUAUGUAAUGGCAUAUACUGUACAAUUUUGUACUGUACUAAAUCAGCGACACUUAUUUUGGGACGGAGGAA